AAUUUGUAGCAUAUGAUAUGGAGUAAUUUUUUGCCCUAAUCUUGAUAUUUUGACGUACAUACUGAUUGAGCGUUUUAAGCCAAGAAGAUGAAGCAGUGCCGGCCAUGGCGGCACAUGUCUAAUUGCCAAUUCUACGGCCACAGUAGUGGGUAGGCCAUCGAUCAUUUGUCGGGAGGCAGUGUACAACCUAAGAUGCGUAGUGUACAUCUCAUAAAGCUUGGGUCUGAAAAAGAAAGUUCAUUAGUCCACCCUUUCAGCCAGCGACGCCGUUGCCUCAACUUAUAAAGCACUUUCACCUCCAAAUACCCUUUUGCUCUGCUGCAUAGACAGGUAAGUUAGUGCGCGAUUGAAUGUGCUUCUCAUAGGAGAGAGAGAGAGAGAGAGAGAGAGAGAGAAGAGAGAGAGAGAAUGAGGAUGAGAGUGCUUAAGCCAUUGGUGCAUUUGCUAGUCCCACUAUGUGUUCACUGGAUUGCCGAGGAGAUGUCAAAGCCAAUGCUGGUUGAUAUCACCACCAAUGCUCUCUGUGAUGGCCAGUCUUCUUGCUCUCAAUCCAUCUACAUCAAUGGGCUUCAACACACGGUUGUUGGAAUACUCCAGAUGGCAGUUGUUCCAUUCCUUGGCCAGCUUUCAGAUGAUUAUGGGCGCAAACCACUUCUCCUUCUCACUUCCUCUACGACAAUUAUACCAUUUGUUUUACUUGCCAUCAACAAGUCAAAGGGAUUCGUGUAUGCUUACUAUGUGACGCAGACAAUUUCGUAUAUAAUAAGCCAAGGAAGCAUUUUCUGCAUCUCAAUUGCUUAUGCGGCAGAUGUUGUUGAUGAGACUAAUAGAGCGACGGCUUUUAGUUGGAUUACAGGCCUUUUUUCUGCAUCCCAUGUUUUGGGAGACCUCGUAUCACGUUUUCUUCAUGAGGACUACAAUAUUUUUCAGGCUGCAUUGUGCCUGUUGAUAUUUGUUCCGCUUUAUAUGGCACUGCAUCUAGUGGAGACAGUUGCUUCGGAUGGAGGAGUUGAACAAAGUUUGCCCUGCACGAGCAAGGUGAAGAAGUUUUGUCGGGAGCAAUGCUACUGUGUGAGAUCCACUCUAGAAGUUGUCAUUAGCAGUCCGACGCUAAAGUGUGCCUGUCUGGUUUUUUUCUUCUACCAGCUGGGAAUGUCUGGCAUCGACAGUGUAUUACCGCAUUAUUUGAAAGCAGCUUUUGGUUUUGGCGAAAAUCCGUUCUCCGAGAUUUUGAUGGCUGUGGGAGCGGGUUCGAUUGUCUCUCAGAUGGUCGUGCUUCCACUUGUCAAUCCAUUUGCCGGGGAGAAAGUGAUACUCUGCAUAGCGUUGCUAGCAUCAAUAGUAUAUGCAUUGCUUUAUGGAUUGGCGUGGGCAUCCUGGGUGACCUAUUUAGGUGCACCUUUCGGAGUCAUCUACAUCCUAGUUAUACCUGUUAUUUAUGCUGUAAUAUCCCGAGCAUCAAGCUCAGAUGAUCAGGGCAAAAUGCUGGGAUUCUUUGCUGGUGUACAAUCACUUGCGAGCUUGUUAUCUCCCUUCGCAAUGAGUCCACUGACUAACUGGUUUUUGUCCGAGAACGCGCCCUUCAACUGCAAGGGGUUCAGCAUCAUAUGCGCGUCUUUAUGCAUGACCGUCGCUUUAUGCUGUGCAUGCGCGCUAAAACUGGAAACACCAUGGAAGAAAUUCUCAGAAGACGACGAUGAAGAGAACACCGAAACGCCUCUUCUUACUUCAUUCCAUUAGUUGGCUACCAUUCUUCAAGAAGAAAAACAAAAAGAUGAACAAAAACAAUGUUGUGUGUCUCUUCUGUUUUCAUUUUGGUUGGUUUUGUAUUAAGAAAAUGGGUACAUUUACCUUAUAGGGUAUUUUUUUUCCUAGUUUGAUAAGGUAAAUGUAUUAUAUAAUGACACUAUAUAAAAAAAAUGUAUGUCUAAAUGACUUAAUGAUAUAUUUUGUAA